AUGUUCAGUUUUUUCCAAAUUAUUUCUUUGUUUAGUUUAAUUGUAAUCAACACAACUGUUAAAUCUGAUUUUGUACUGCUUGAACCGUAUUGUGAUAAUUCAUUUACUGUCACUGAAUAUGAACCAUUUACCGAUUUAUCUGAUAACCAUCUUACUAAGCGAUUUGCUUGGAUUCCAGUUGCAAUGGCAUACCUAUAUGCUACAGAUGUUGCUGUAAUAGCUUUAGAAACGAAGAUGGAUUCCCAGCGGACAAGAGAAAUUGAAUCUCGGUUAUCUUCCCUUCAGAACUUAACAUCUAGUCAUAUUAAGCUGCUUAAUACUUAUAAUCAAGCUUAUGAACACUAUUUAGCUCUGAAUCUCACUUUGAGCACAUAUUGUAAAGACAAACUUGCGAAUUCAACAACUGAAAAUCUCAGACAAGUGUUGACUGAUUGUUGUCAGUUUUUAGGUGGUUUGAAAAUACGGAAUGGUGCUGUAACACUUCCUACUUGUUCCCAAUUAAAUAAGAAGAGCAUUCGAAAAAGAAACCUUGCGAAUGCAGGAAAAGUGAUCCUGAAAGUAUUGGCUCCGACUGCCACCGUUUUAUCGACUGGUGCUCUUGUUUAUUCGUCGAUUGAGGCGAACGAGAGGCAUAAAGAGUCCAUAAGGAAAUUGGACGAACAAGCAGAAAGUUUUAAUAAAACAAUGACUAAUCUUCAAAAAUCUGUUGACGUUUUGAACCUGUCCACUACUGUUAUCUGA